UGUGUGCGCUCUUAUUGUUGUUUAAACUCUUCAUUGUGUGCUGGAUUUUCAGUAUCAGCUGGACCUGAGAAUUAGUCUGAUCAUUCUGUUAAAAGUUUAAGAGUUUGGGAAACGUGUGUGCACAACAAUGAAGAAAGCCUUGGUGGACAUAUUUGAAGGCCCAAGCGACGAGGAGGAGUUUCUUGGUUUCAGAGGUGGUGCUUCAGGGCAGCUCUCUGAGGAGAGCCGAGACAGCCUCCACUCCCAGACCUCAUGGAAGCCGGUUCUUCGCUUUAAAUCGAAAUUCAUUACGGAUGAGCUGGCUCAGGUCUUUGUGGACACGGACAGUGAAGAGGAGUUUGAAGGGUUCAGUAAAGAUGAGAGCACUCUACAUAACAGCUGGAUGAGUCCCAUGGAUUACGAGGCAGAGGAAGACAGUGACGACAUUGGGUUUUAUUCAGACGACGAGGACGACGAUUCGGCCCUGCAAAAAAGGCGGAGCUCAGGAUUGUGUGUCGCAUUCAGGUUUCCUGCCAGAAGAAGCUCCGCCCAGGAAAGUACCGUGCCAAAGGAAUCCAGAGUUUCCCUGAACAGAGAUCAGCCUGUGGGGAGAGGCAGAAAGAGGAGAGGAGGCGGUGCAGAUCCACCUGCGGCUCAGAAAAGCAGAAAAGUCGAGAAAAGACCCAGAGCCCCUAAUAAUGACUCUGAGGAAGAGGAUAAAGAUGAGGACGAAGAGGAGGAAGUCGGACUAACUGGGGCAGGUGUACAGAUACUGAGUCAGAGAGCUAAAAAUAUUCAGGAGAAUAAAGCAAUGCUUGCAAAGCUAUUUGCAGACCUGACCUCAUUACCUGUACUCUCCCAAAAGACCACGCCCGUGAAGAAGAAGAAGCAGCAGAGUCCGAGAAAGCGUGCAUCUGAAGUGCAGAGCGAGAGGCGGAACCCGAGCCGCAAAGCCAGACCCCCCGAGCAUUUCGGGCUCGAGCAGGAACCAGUCGUUGCUGCCGCGAAACCAAGAAAGAGUGUCGAAUUUGACCUGAAGAAACUGAUGGAGAUUGAUGAAGAGCUGCGUGUGAAUAGAGACACACCGAGAAGAAAAUCCCGAAAGCGCAGUUCUGUUCGAAUGCCAGACGACAUCACGGAGGAGGAGCUGGACAACGUGGCUGACCGUGCUAAAGACAAAAUUCUUGAUAAAGAAAAUGGCAGCACGUGUCACCAGUGCAGACAGAAGACUUUGGACACCAAGACCGAGUGCAGGAACCCAUACUGUCAGGGGGUCAAAGGGCAGUUCUGUGGGCCCUGCUUGCGAAACCGCUAUGGAGAGGACGUCCGUACAGCUCUGUUAGAUCCGUUGUGGGAGUGUCCUCUGUGUCGAGGUAUCUGUAACUGUAGCCUGUGUCGUAAACGGGAUGGACGCUGUGCCACCGGUGCUCUUACUCACUUAGCCAAAUAUUAUGGCUAUGACAACGUCAAGGAAUAUCUAGAGAGUCUGCAGAAGGAUCGUGACUGAAAUCCGGCCCGUGUGUUCAGGAACCUACUGUAAGCCGUUAAAGGAACACCGCAGCGUUUUUCAGCCUUAUCUCUAUCCUCCACAUCUGUAGAGUACGUGAGACCACUGACAGGCAUUUUGACUAGUCUCGCUACACUGAGGAGAGAAACCGAAAACCUGUUCUUACUGUUCUUGUAUAGUAUUAUCCCGAAGUAACCACCGAAGCCGAAAUGACAAAAGUAUGCAGAUUUUAAGCAUUUUGUUUACCUUUGACUGAAAAAUUCACAAGUAACACAAAUUAUGCACGUUUUGUGUACGCGGUAACGACAUCCGUGACACCGACUGCCCAUAGACGUCCCGACAGGUUAACAGUGCUUUUACUGAAGAAGAUUGCAUGUUUUUAAUAUACUUGUUCACUUCAUCAAAAACAAAAACAUUCCUUUGUCAAUGCAAAGAAUGUUCCUCUGAAGGAUUUGUUCAGCACUCUUCAUCACUUUGCGCAAAAUCUUUACCAGUUUUAUAUUUAUCUAGGUUUUAAACCUCCUAUAAAUGAAAUCUGUUAAAGAUUUUUUUUAUUUUUAUUUUUUUUAAUGAAAUGAACAGGUUUUCUUCCCCAGACAUAAUAAAAUUAAGCAUUUGAAGCAUUUUAGAUGGGACACAUUUCGAGACAACUGAUUUAGAGACAGAAUUCUGCUUGCAGUCGUCGUCUAAAUAAGAGACACACUUAACAUGAAACUGUUUUUGUUGUAUUGGCUCUUUACUUUCAAAUGCAAAGUGCUGCAAUAAACACGUUCAUUUUUAAUGUGAUCCAUUGCUGAUGAUGGACUGGACCGAUAUUAAAGUUUGCUUUUAGAAAUUGGUCAGUUUUGUAUGUUUGUAACACAAAGAGAACUUCCCGGUUUUAUAAUUGCACUCGGUAAAAGUUCAACAGGAACUGUACUGUAUUGUAUUGUAACUUUUCCCCCCACUUUUACUGUCCCAGUGUUUAUAAAGACAGAUUUGUGUACGUUCUUCAGCUUGGUGUUCUAUAAAAUCUGUACAAUCGUAGUUGUUUUCUAAAUAAAUACCUGAUUUAG